CCCCAGAUACGCGCUUGGACUCUGGGAGGCGACGCGCGUUCGGUGGACAUGCGUGUGUUGUGUUACUUGCAUGCACGCUAGAGAGCGCGCACACACUCGUCAGGCGGCCACCCCGCCACCACCAUCGACGAGUGCAAGCACCGCGACGUGGACGUGGGUCGGACUCGUGGGGGCCACAAAUGUGUUGAAAUCCAGCGUGAAUCGUUUGGACUUUCCUCGUCGGCGUGCUGAAGAUUUUUCUUUUUUUUUUUUUUUUUACAUUUGGCCUCGUUUGUGUGUGUGUGUGUGUUUUUUUUCUUGCCGGGACGCUGUUUCCACGAGGAGGACGUGUUUAUGGAUCGGUGCGCGGCGGCCAGCAGCACCGGGACAUCAUCCGACGCUCCUCGGUCAUGACUCGCCGCUUGCGCGCCUGUCGUGAACUUUGAACCAUAAAGAAAGUCUUUUUUUUUUUUUUUUGGUUUUUUUUUUUGGACAGACCCCGAUCCCACGUUUGCUCGUUUUGUUGUCCUCACUCGUGCUUUUUUUUUUUUUUUUUUUUCAAAGUGUCCGCGGGAUAGCAUGGCAAUGGUAGUAAACCAGUGGCCAGAGAGCAUUUCCGCCGAGCCGGGCUCGCAGCUGCAGAUUUGCGGCCAGGAUCCGGGCGGAGGCGGCGGCGGCGGCGGCGGCGGUGGCGCGCCCGGGACGCCCGCCGGCUCCACGCCGGGCAACGACGCGCUGUCCGGGGACAAGCUGCCCAACGUGGACUGCAUGGUGUGCGGGGACAAGUCGAGCGGCAAGCACUACGGCCAGUUCACGUGCGAGGGCUGCAAGAGCUUCUUCAAGCGCUCCGUGCGCCGGAACCUGUCCUACAGCUGCCGCGGCAACCGCGACUGCCCCAUCGACCAGCACCACCGCAACCAGUGCCAGUACUGCCGCCUGAAAAAGUGCCUCAAAGUCGGCAUGAGGAGAGAAGCCGUCCAGCGAGGACGCACGUCCAACUCUCAAAGCAGCCCAGGCCAGUACCUGAGCAACGGCGCCGACCCGUACAACAGCCAGCCCUACCUGUCGGGCUUCAUCUCGCUGCUGCUGCGCGCCGAGCCGUACCCGACGUCGCGUUACGGCGCCCAGUGCAUGCAGGGCAACAACCUGAUGGGCAUCGAGAACAUCUGCGAGCUGGCCGCCCGUCUGCUCUUCAGCGCCGUGGAGUGGGCCAAGAACAUCCCCUUCUUCCCUGACCUGCAGCUCAUGGAUCAGGUGGCGCUGCUGCGCAUGUCGUGGAGCGAGCUGUUCGUCCUGAACGCGGCGCAGUGCUCCAUGCCGCUGCACGUGGCGCCCCUGCUGGCGGCGGCCGGCCUGCACGCCUCGCCCAUGUCGGCCGAGCGCGUGGUGGCCUUCAUGGACCACAUCCGCGUCUUCCAGGAGCAGGUGGAGAAGCUCAAGGCGCUCCAAGUGGACACGGCUGAGUACUCCUGCCUCAAGUCCAUCGUGCUCUUCACGUCCGACGCGAUGGGCCUGUCAGACGCGGGCCACGUGGAGAGCAUCCAGGAGAAGUCGCAGUGCGCCCUGGAGGAGUACGUGCGCAACCAGUACCCGAGCCAGCCCAACCGCUUCGGGCGUCUGCUGCUGCGGCUGCCGUCGCUGCGCAUCGUGUCGUCGCCCGUCAUCGAGCAGCUCUUCUUCGUGCGCCUGGUGGGCAAGACGCCCAUCGAGACGCUGCUGCGCGACAUGCUGCUGUCGGGCUCCGGCUAUAACUGGCCCUACGUGCCCGCCGCUGUCCAGCGCGAGCGACCCGUCUCGCUGCACUACAACGACGGUGGUCCCUGAGGAGCCCCCCCCAGAGACCAGGGCAAGCCAAAAAGACUGGACGCAGCCGGAGGCCCGCCCCAACCGCAAGCCAUUAUACGAAAAAGGACAAACGCCAAAAACAUUUUCUUUUUUGUUGGUUUUUUUUUUUCUUGUUGUUUUUGUGGGACCUUUUUGCAGAAGUUUUAUCGUGUGUUUAUACCGAGAGAAAAGUCCCGAUGUGCGGUCCACAUGCACGGUGUAGCGUCCAUAGCAUCGCGGGUGUACGCUGGGUUUGAGGGAGGUUGCGGGGGCGGCGGGGUAACGCUCAGGUUCAAAAGCGGGGGUGACUUGACGGCCAAGAAUCAAAAACGGAGACAAAACGAAAAUGAAUCUUAUCAUGCCAAAGUGAACGUUUUUUUUGGGAGGUUUCAGUUUCGGGAAGCACGGUGAACUAGUGGGGAACACCCGCAUUCCAAAAGCAUGCGUGGGGGUUUCAUUGAAGAAUCCAAAUUGUCCAUCGGAGUAGAUUUAAGGUGUGGCGCAGGUGGUAUAUUGUGAUUUUGGUGGACUUUAUGUCUGCACGACUGAUUCUGAGUUGGACGUAAACAUAA